AUGGGCUCGCCGCAGCGCCCGCCGCUCGCCCACGUCUUCAGGGGGACCUUUGUGCACUCCAGCACCUCCGCGCCCAUGGAGGUCCUCCACGGACACCUGCUGGGGGUGGACGACAGCGGGGUGAUUGUGUUUUUGGAACAAACUGAGCAGCAAGAGGAAUUAGCUAUGAAAUGGGGGUUCAAAACGUCUGACAUAAGAGAACUGAGUAACCAUGAAUUCUUCAUGCCAGGAAUGGUUGAUACACACAUUCAUGCUCCUCAGUAUUCAUUUGCUGGUACAAGAGUAGAUCUACCUCUUUUGCAAUGGCUGACUACCUAUACAUUCCCAACAGAAGCCAAAUACAAAGACAGAGAUUUUGCAGAAGAAGUGUACACCAGAGUUGUUAGACGCACUCUAAAGAAUGGCACGACUACAGCUUGCUACUUUGCAACAAUUUACACAGAUACUUCUCUUCUUCUUGCUGACAUUAUAGAUAAAUUUGGUCAACGAGCAUUUGUUGGAAAAGUCUGCAUGGAUAUGAAUGACAGUGUGCCACAAUACAAAGAGAUUACUGCUGACUCUGUUCAAGAGACAGAAAGGUUUGUUAAAGAACUACUGGAAAGGAAAUAUCCAAGGGUGCAGCCUGUAAUAACUCCCCGCUUUGGCCCUUCCUGCACAGAGGAUUUGCUGUGUGCACUUGGCAAUUUAGCGCAAGCUCGUGAUCUCCAUGUGCAGAGUCACAUAAGUGAGAAUGAAGAGGAACUCAAACUUGUGGAGAACAUAUUUCCUGCCUACCAAAAUUACACUGAGUUGUAUGAUAAAAACAAGCUGCUAACCAGCAAGACAGUGAUGGCUCAUGCUUGUUACCUUUCUGAAGAAGAGCUGAAACUAUUUAGUCUUCGUGGAGCUGCAAUUUCACAUUGCCCCAAUUCUAAUUUUUCGUUGCGCAGUGGUGUCUUAAAUGUGCAAAAGGUCCUGCAACACAAUGUGAAGCUUGGCCUAGGCACAGAUGUUGCUGGUGGAUAUUCAGCUUCAAUGCUUGAUGCUAUCAGGAAAACGAUGAUGGCAUCUAGUAGCCUUCAGAUCAAUAAAAUGAAUGAAACAGGACUAACCCUUGAGGAAGCUUUUCGACUAGCCACUCUAGGAGGAAGCCAAGCUUUAGGACUAGAUGACGUGAUUGGAAACUUUGAGGUUGGCAAAGAAUUUGAUGCACUACUUAUCAACACAAAGGCUUCAGACAGCCCUUUUGACUUGUUCUCUGCUGAUAAUUUUGAGGAUGCUCUUCAGAAGUUCCUAUAUCUAGGUGAUGAUCGGAAUAUUUCUGAAGUAUAUGUGGCUGGAAAGCAAGUGGUCCCUUUUUCAAGUUCAGUAUAAGUCUGUUUCUUUUUGCAAAUUACUCUGGUGAUCAUUUGGCAUUUGAAAACGAUUGAUUAAAUGCAGUGCCUGAUCAUCAGGAAUGAUACCUUUGUUUUGUUUAAUGUUUUAAAACUUGCAGACAUUGGAAAUUUUGUCAGACCUUUCAAGAAUUACUUUACCAAAAUUGCCACAGUUCUAGAUGAAAUGGAUAUUUAAAUUUCUCUGUGAAAAUAGCA